ACGUUCUUCCCCAAUUCAAAAUCUCAGUUCCUCUCCCAAAUCCCCAAAACCCUAACCCUAGCGUCUGGAAGCCUCUCCAAUGGCGUACCAGACCCCAGAUCACGAAUCAAACUCCGAUUCCAACACCCCAACCCGCCUCUACAACCCCUACAAGGAUCUCGAGGUCCCCAUUCGAAACCUCUACCAGCUCCCAACCUCCCCUGAGUACCUCUUCGUCGAGGAAGCUCGCCGGAAGCGUCGCUCAUGGGGCGAGAAUCUCACCUUCUACACCGGCUGCGGUUACCUCGCCGGCGCUGUUGGCGGCGCCGGCGUCGGAUUCGUUGAAGGCGUAAAAUCGUUCGAGACUGGGGAUUCCGUCAAGCUCCGGGUUAAUAGAAUUCUCAACUCGUCUGGCCAUGCGGGUCGGUCGUGGGGGAACCGGUUGGGCGUGAUCGGUUUGCUUUAUGCUGGGAUUGAGAGCGGGAUUGAGGCUGCGAGAGAUACCGAUGAUGUGUGGAAUAGUGUCGCUGCGGGGCUUGGUACCGGCGCGUUGUAUCGGGCGGCGAGAGGGGUGAGAUCGGCUGCUGUCGCGGGUGCUGUUGGCGGAGUUGUGGUUGGAGUGGCGGUCACGGCGAAGCAGGCGUUGAAACGUUAUGUGCCGAUAUGAUCAGAAUUCAGAACUUCAUCAGUUUGUGUGAGGUCGUAAUUUUAUUAUUUUUUUUCGGUUACUACUAUCAAUUUUGAGAAUUAUUAUACCAGUUUGUGGCAGGCAGUGCUGCCGUUGUGAACAAUUGGCUUAAUGCAUAUUUUUUCAGCUUGAUAAUGGCUAACCUUGCUAAUGUAAUUCGUCGAAUCAUCUUGAAUGAAUAAUUGGGGCGGCAUUAAUGCUGGAUACAGUAUAAAAGAAUGGUAUUCCUCUGUCAAAGAAAUUGUGAUAAAUGAUAUGUUAGAAGCUGAAUGUCUAGUUAA